UUGAUAGUAUAACUUUGAAGUUGGCAUAUGAAAUUUAGCCAUAAAAAAUCAAAAGACUGUUUAAAAUAUUUGUAAACAUUUAUAUACAUAUUUAAACUACAUUUAAAGUAAACUCUGCCUAAUUACAUAGUUACAAACUUAAUUUUAAGUAAUUGGGAAGUGUACUGACUUUACUUCAUAUUUUUGACACAUGCGCCCAUUGGCUCAUUGGCUGUCGCAAAAUAACGGGCAGCCAACUGUACGGAUCAGUGUCGUUCCGGUCGCUCGCUGUUGUCGCGGAGUCGGUGAAGUUAGUGGUGAAAUUUUUACGUGAAUAACAUCAAAAAUGGCGUCUGGCGUGACAGUAUCGGACGCGUGCAAGACCACGUACGAGGAGAUCAAGAAGGACAAGAAGCACCGAUACGUCGUGUUCUACAUCCGCGACGAGAAGCAGAUUGACGUGGAGACCAUCGGCGAGCGCAACGCCGAGUACGAGCAGUUCCUCGAGCACCUGCAGCAGGGCGGCACCGGCGAGUGCAGAUAUGGCCUGUUCGACUUUGAAUACACGCACCAAUGCCAAGGCACAUCGGAGGCGAGCAAGAAACAGAAGCUGUUCCUCAUGUCGUGGUGCCCAGACACCGCCAAGGUCAAGAAGAAGAUGUUGUACUCCAGCUCUUUCGACGCCCUGAAGAAGUCCCUAGUCGGUGUACAGAAAUACAUCCAAGCGACCGACCUCUCCGAGGCUUCCCAAGAGGCUGUGGAGGAGAAGCUCCGCGCCACGGAUCGCCAAUAAGCAUUUCACGACGACCGGGCCGCAUGGUUCUUAUACUAUAUCAUUUCAUCCUUAAGCUUUCUCGGCCGUGGUGUACAGAAUACCAACCCCGCGCUCAAUAUUGAACAUCGCUCUACGACUCUUCAAUCCAUAUGUAAACUUUAGAUGAUAUUAACCCCUUGAACGCCUGCGACGCCAACGGCGGUCAAAGUGACUUUCAGUUUUACAUCCAUUCUUUACCAGACAACAUUUCGGCGUCUACACCAUUUUUUUCGACACGGGAAGAAAAGCGUUUACAAAGUUAUCGUAGAUGUGCAAUAUUAAACGCGGGGUAUUGUAAGUAGAUACUGUAUAAGACGGAUGGGAUUAUUAUAAUAAUUUAAGUUAUAACUAAUUAUUAUAUAUAUAUAUAUUUUCCUGUAAAAGAGUAAGGUAAGCUCAAACUAAAUUAAAUUCAGUGACGCGAGCAUUUUUUUUUGUUACACGCGAACGCCGGUCGGCUUUUUGUACUAUUUAGAUUGUAAUAUAUACUAAACGAUGUGCGAUCAAGUUUUGUUUGAGUCUGCGGCUUUGCUCGGCCGGCCUUGGUCGGCGGAAGAGUAUUUUGUAACCAAUUUAUCCAGAAAUACACUCGAUAUAAGCGAA